AUCACAACCCAAGAACUUUUUUUCAACACACACACACACACUAGAUUAUUUUUUAUUUUUAUUUUAUUUUGGCAUAGGUUGAUGAUCCGACACAUUUUGAUUUUGAAAUGAAGUUAGUCCGUGUAAUAACAUGGCUCGUGCUCUCCCUCUGUCUGUCGGCCGUAGGGGCAGAUUUCGACUAUCGCAGCGCCCUUACGAAGUCACUCAUCUUCUUGGAGGCGCAGAGAUCCGGCAAGCUCCCCAAGAGCAAUAGGCUCUCGUGGAGGGAAGAUUCCGCCCUUGAUGACGGCAAGCUCGAAAAUGUAGACCUGGUGGGAGGGUACUACGACGCAGGUGAUAAUGUCAAGUACGGCCUCCCACUGGCCUUCACCGUGACAACAUUGUCAUGGGCAGGCAUCCACUACCGCCAAGAGCUCCAGGCGGCCGGAGAGAUGGACAAUCUCCGGCUAGCCGUCCGGUGGGGCACUGACUACCUCCUCAAGGCGAGCUUCAAGCGCAACCGUCUCUACGUGCAGGUAGGAGAUCCUGUGAAGGACCACGAGUGCUGGAUCAGGCCGGAGAACAUGCAGACGCCGCGGACCCUCUUGAAGGUCGACCGCAACACGCCGGGCACGGAGAUCGUGGCCGAGACCUCUGCCGCGCUGGCUGCUGCCUCCGUGGUCUUCCGAGGCCACGACCGGCCCUACGCCCGCCGCCUUUCCAACAGAGCCAAACAACUUUUCAAGUUUGCCAAGGAUUAUAAAGGAACCUAUGAUGGAGAGUGCCCUUUCUAUUGCUCCAACUCAGGCUACAAUGACGAGCUGCUGUGGGCGGCGACGUGGCUCUACUACGCCACGAGAAGAUCGGUAUACCUCGAUUAUAUACAAGAAGAGGCAACAAGCGCAACCGUUGCAGAAUUCAGCUGGGAUCUCAAAUACGCAGGAGCACAAAUCAUUCUCUCACAAUUCUACAUGGAGGGGAAGAAGGAGCUGAAGAAAUUCAAAGAGGAGGCAGAUGGAUUUGUGUGCUCGAAUCUCCCAGACAGCCCCCAUCACCAGGUUUACAUGACUCCAGGAGGGAUGAUCCACCUGAGAGACGGCGCCAACACGCAAUACGUCACCAGCGCCGCCUUCCUCAUGAGCGUCUACAGCGACCAUCUCGCCAAGCACAAGAAGCAGGUCUCCUGCGGCAACGCCCAAUUCAGCCCCGCCCGCCUCUCGGCAUUCGCCAAGCAGCAGAUGGACUAUCUACUCGGCAAGAAUCCCAAAGGAAGAUCGUACAUGGUCGGAUUCGGGAAAAAUCCACCAAAACAAGCUCAUCAUAGGGGUGCAUCCGUGCCCAAGCUGCCCAAGAAUGAGCCGGUCAACUGCGCAAUGAGCUUCGUACAUUGGUAUAAUGUGGAUACACCGAACCCUAACGAGUUGACCGGCGCUAUUCUGGGCGGCCCGGACAAGAACGACGAAUUUGAGGAUAAGCGCACGAGCUCCGCCAUGACCGAGCCAUGCACCUACAUCAACUCAUUGGCCGUUGGUGUACUAGCAAAGCUUGCUAAAUCUCAUUCUCAAGCUUGAACAAUUAUUCGCGUUUUAGAAUUAUCGACACAUGUUACAUGUAUAAAGAACAGGAUUAGGCAGGUUCGAGGCUCUAGCAUGGCGUAGAUGCUAGACAUAAAAUUUUCUAGGAAUUUAAACUUUUAGGUAUUGUUAAUUUGAAGAUGCCCGCAUAAUAUCUCGAUCUAAAAAGUAUCGAUGAGAUUGAGACUCGUGACCUGUUACCGGAUUGGGCUAGUAUAUUAGAUAGAAGCCAUUUAAAUUUGUAGUAUAUGCUAUAUUUGUUACUACAUUAAUUGUGUAUUACUAGCUGCAAGCAUGCCUACUUAUGCUAUUAAUGUCCCAUUUAUUAUUCCAUCACUUUCAUCA